AUGCAUCUGAUAUAUGAAAAAAAGUUGCUCUCGCCGAACGGUUGUUCAACUAGAGUGUUUAUAACUCGCACGAAAAGUGUGGCGAAGUACUGGUGCUCCACAAUUGUUCUUCCUAGCGAGAAGACUUCGACGAAGGCAAGACGAAGUCCGUUCAGAGCGAGAAAUAUCGGACAUCUCCAAAAGCUGGCGGGCCAGCGCCUGGAGGUUCCUGCGCCCAGGAUGGAGGUUCCUGCCCCCUCAGCAGCAUCUCGUGCAUUCGCACGGAAUGGCGAGCGAGAGGCGAGCAGAGAGACGUUUCACCCCGGACUCCUCUGA